UUCUGUUUUUGGAACCCAGCACCGGUGUCCCCCCGUGAAAUCCCGGUGCUCUUUGGAGUACCCGUCAAGGCGUCAAUGAAAGCCAUGUUAAGAGCCCACGCUCUUGCUGACUCAUCGAGGCAUGAUUCCCCUGCGCUCUUCCCACACAUUUACAGCUGAUACCCGGCCCGGAAAUGGUCCUUCGGCGGCAACCAUUCAAUACUAAUUUCCGUCUCGGCAGCGCGGCGGCGCGGCGGUGCUCCUAUCGAAUCGGCCGUCCUAUUGUGACCGCACCGUAUACCAACUCGACCACACCGUCCCUACAAACAAAGGUACCGACGGGAACAUGAGGACUCAGAAUCGCAGCUGCUGGCAGCGUCAUCAGUAAAGGUAUAAAUAUGUAUGUACUAUGUAAUGUCACGACAGGAUAGCUUUACCCAAAUUAGAUGAAGCAAGUGUGGUGGAGUCUUCAACAGUUCCGCCACAUUUUGAAGACAUGCAUAGCCGAGAGGGACCUUUGGACUGGCAAGUCCCUCCACACAUUGUACAUCAAAUCCCUCCUUAUCCCGCCCUCUACCUACAUGUCCAACCACUUCAUCCUCCUCUACUCCAAAUGCGGCCGCCUUUCCGAUGCCCGCAAGGCAUUUGACUCUACCCCGUCUCCCAAUGUCUUUACCUACAAUGCCAUAGUGGCUGCAUACGCGAAAGAAGGCCAGCCGCACACCGCACACUACCUGUUUGAUCAAAUUCCCCAACCGGACCUUGUCUCUUAUAAUACCCUCAUUUCUGCCUAUGCUGAUCGUGGGGACACCGUACCUGCUCUUGAACUAUUUCUGGGUUUGAGAAGAACGGGGCUGGACAUCGACGCCUUUACAUUGUCAGGAGCCAUCACAGCUUCUUGUGAUGAUAAGAUAUUGAUUCUUCAGCUUCAUUCUUUUGCUGUUUCAGGCGGGUUUGAUGCAUUUGUUUCUGUAAAUAACACUCUUCUUACAUGUUACGGUAAAAACGGGCAUUUAGAUUAUGCCAAGAAAGUUUUUGAAGCAAUGGGAGAGAUUAAAGACGGGGUCUCCUGGAAUUCGAUGAUUGUUGCUUAUGGGCAACAUAAAGUAGGGUCCAAGGCGCUAUCUUUGUAUCAAGAAAUGAUGAGCUUGGAGUUAAAAGAGGACAUGUUUACAUUAGCGAGUGUCUUAACUGCUUUUACAUCCAUGGAGGACUUUCUUGGGGGCCUUCAGUUUCACGCUCGCCUGAUCAAGAUGGGGUUUCACCUGAAUACUCAUGUUGGUAGUGGCUUGAUUGAUCUUUACUCGAAAUGCAGCAAAGAUGGUAUCCCGUAUUGCAAAAAAGUAUUUCAAGAAAUCCCCAAUCCAGACUUAAUCCUUUGGAACACCAUGAUAUCUGGUUGUUCCCUCUUCGAUGACUUUUCUGAAGAGGCUGUCGCUUACUUUAGGCAAAUGCAGCGUGUGGGCCACCAACCCGAUGAAUGCAGUUUUGUUUGUGUGAUCAGUGCAUGUUCUAAUCUUUCCUUGCAAGGGAAACAGGUUCACUCUUUAACAAUCAAAUCAUACAUCCCAGCAACCAGAACCCUCACUGUCAGUAAUGCUCUUAUCACAAUGUAUUCCAAGUGUGGUAAUCUACAAGAUGCCAUUAAAGUAUUUGACAGAAUGCCCGAGCACAACAGUGUGUCCUUCAAUUCCAUGAUCGCAGGCUAUGCUCAGCAUGGGCAUGCCAUGGAAUCCCUCAUACUCUUUGAGCAGAUGCUUGGAGGGAAUAAUAAUAGUGACGUGGGGCCCACAAGUAUAACAUUCAUUUCGGUCCUGUCUGCAUGUGCACACACUGGAAGAGUAGAGGAGGGUAAGAAGUAUUUUGGUAUGAUGACUGAGGAAUUAAGAAUCAAGCCAGAAGGAGAGCAUUACUUGUGCAUGAUUGACCUUUUGGGACGAGCUGGAAAUCUAGAAGAGGCAGAGAGUCUUAUAGAGAGCAUGCCAUACAAUCCUGGGGCUAUCGGGUGGGGAACAUUGCUUAGAUCUUGUAGAGUCCAUGGAAACACAGAGCUAGCAAUGAAAGCAGCCGAACACUGUCUUGAGCUGGACCCCAUGAAUGCAGCUCCAUACGUCAUGCUUGCAAAUAUCCAUGCCGGUGCUGGAAGAUGGGAAGAAGUAGCGGCCAUAAGAAAACAAAUGCGUGACAAAGGGGUUAAAAAGAAACCGGGUCAUAGUUGGAUAGAGGUGGACAAGAGGGUACACAUUUUCGUAGCGGAAGAUCAUUCUCAUCCGAUGAUAAAGGAGAUAUAUGUCUUUUGGGAAGAGAUGUCAGAAAAGUUGAAGCAAGCAGGGUAUGUGGCAGAUUUGAAGUGGGUCCUCAUUAGAGAUGAAUACGGGGGCAUUCAUGAGGAAGAGAAGGAGAGAAGCCUGAGGCAUCACAGUGAGAAGCUGGCUGUUGCUUUUGGGCUCUUAUCAACAAAAGAAGGGAUGCCUCUACUUGUUCUUAAAAACUUGAGGAUAUGCGGUGACUGUCACAAUGCUAUCAAAUUUAUUACUGUCAUAACUGGACGUGAGAUUACAGUGAGGGAUUGCCACAGGUUUCACUGUUUUAAGGGUGGCAUAUGUUCUUGUGGGGAUUUCUGGUGAUAGAUUUCGCUACAAAUUUCUGGCAAACAUCUGUUCCGGAUAUGUUCAAACUGGAUUUUAUCUUGGAUAUAUAUAUAUACUCAUGUCUGAAGAUGUUGCUAAAAAUGUAUUGUCAUGACGGUUUAACAAAAAUUUGACUCCGGAUGUACAAAGAGAAAGAGCAAGUUGAGAAGACAUUUAGUUAUAAAAUCACCUUCCGGCUCUAUGGAUCGGGUGCCAGCGUUGAUGUUUUGCCAUAUAUCUAGUCAAGAGUAAAAUGAUGCUGCACAAACAACACAAACACCGUGUGGGUUCAAUGUUUGCAGAGAAAGUUGCUGCUCAGGAAGCUGAAAUGGGGAUUAUGGAGCUGCUUGAGGGAAGGUCUUGAGGUCUUCUAUCCGUUCACCAUAAAUAUAUACAAAUAUCUAUUCCUGUUUAUAUGAAUAUGAAUACAACGUAUUCCUGUUUAGUACAAUUUUCCCUUGCAAUCCAUCAGAGUCACUAUGCAUAUUUUUUACAUAUUAAGUUCAUAAAUUGUUAUUAUAUUGUUCUCUCCGUCACACAAAACUUGUCCAUAUUGACUUUUCUUGAUCAAUAAUUGU